AUGAGCAAUAUUGGAUUUUUCAGACCUGAAAUAUUAUUUCCUCAAGCAGAAAAUACAGCCCGAGGAUACCUCCAAAAAGAAAGAGAAGCCAGACUUAAAAAAGAAGAAGAAAAUUUGAUGCUCGAAUUUGAAAAAUCAUUAAAAUCAAGCACAUAUGAGCAUAAAACUGAAGAAAAAGAACUCACAAAUCUGACAAAGCAAUACAACCUUCUUCAUUAUUCUAACCAAAAAAAAAUAGAAUUUCUGCAGCAUCUCAAAAUAACUGCCAAACUUAUGCAAACCAAAUCAAUUGACCUGUCCCCACAACAUACAUUUUCAUCUGGAUCUCUUAAAGACAUGCAGAACACCUUAAACUCCAAAAAUAACGUCAAUUUAUUUGAACUUCAAGAACUAAUAGACCGACUUAACGAAGAAAUCAGAAAUAUCGAGCUGAAAAUAACCCACGAAAGGUAUACAACCGAACAAUUAGAAAACAUGUACAAGAAGGAAAAAGAAGAUUUUAUUUAUCAUCGAGAGAAAUUUCUUGACUGUAAAGCAAUAAAUAAAGGAAUUGAUAAAUAUAGUGGACAGAUUGAAGACACAAAGGCGAGGGCAAAAAAUGAAUUAAUUAAGGCAAAUGACACAGUUUCCAAGCUCAAAACGGAAAUAAAAAAACAGUCAACGGUAAGAGCGAAAAAAAUGGAAGGAAUUAAACAUAAAGAAAAACACAUAAAGAAAGAAGUAGAAAUUCUGACCCACAGAGUAGCAGAAACAGCUGUAGAAAUGGAAGAAAAUGGACUGAAAAAUGAAAUGCUCAAAACAGAAUAUGGGCAAUUAUUAGCAGAAUUCGAAAAUGAUAAAAAAUUCAAAGAAAAUUACACAAAACAGCUGGAGUAUUAUUCAGAUAUUUUUGAAAAAAUUAAAAAAAUUAUUAAGGAAUCAAAAUGCUUGUCAAUCGAGCCUGAAAAAGUAGAUACAUUUUCCCCAAAAGAUAUUUUGAAAGCUUUCCAGCAAAUGCUUUCAAUAGAGUCAAGGCUUCAAAUUAGAUUUUUAGGACUCGCAGCAGAACAAUAUGAAUUGAGGCAAAUUUGCGAUGAUAUUACUAUAGAGCUGUCUGAAUUAAAAGAAGACCCAGGAUUGAGCAGUGGAAAUAUUCAGGAGCUUCGGUCUCGGACAAGAAGACUUACCAGAAAUGAAACCUUUGAAAUAGGAACAUAUACAGGCUUAUUAGUAUCUUUGGACACUAUGAAUUCUGUUUCAAAAGAAGAGCUAAUUGCUAAAUAUGAGCAUGUGAUUGUUUUUUCCUUGAAAUUUUUCUAUCAAUUAGCUUUUCGGGUUAAGAAACAAUUGGAUUUAAUUAAAGAACAAUGCUAUGGGCAUCCUGAGGCUUUGCAAGACUAUAUUGGUGGAACCUCAAUUUUUAAAGAUACCCAGGUUGAAGUGAAUUCAAGGCCGAAUAAAAAUGAAAAGAAAAAUGUUGUAAUUCUUCCCACAAAUUUAACAAGAAGAAAAACAAGUUCUGCAGCUAAUUCACCUCUGCCAAGGGAUUUUGCUUUGAAGCCUGAAGAAAGCGCAUCUUCAAUUAAAUUCCAAAACAUCAAUAAAUUCGAUUUGCAAGAAAUGUAUCUUGGAAUAUUCCCAGGACUCCCCACAAUUGCUCAAAGCUUUGCACUAGGUGUUCUAGAAAACACAAUUAUGAGGUAUUUUUUGGAUAAUGAAACUGUAUAUAAGUAUCUAAAAGAUUGCAAGGAUCAGAAUUCAGGCCAGCUUUCAGCCAUUGUAAACCUUAGCCAGCUUUCUAUUUUAGCGAACAGGAACCUAAAAAAGCAGUUGGCGAGCACUUUAGAGUCUUUGUCAGGGUUACUACUCAAUACAAUUGCUUCAGAUAAAGAAAUAAGCCACAUAAUUGAUUCAAAAGGUAUGACAACAGAAAUGCAAAUUCUUUUAAUUGCAAAAUUAAGAGAAACUGAAAAAGGCAUUGGAGUUGUGCCAAAUAUUGCUGAUAUUAAAAAUUUCUCUGACUUACUCCUCCGAUUCAGACUUAAGAUAUAAAAUUUUUAAAAAUUACUUUUGCCUUCUAGGAGCAGUCCCAAUGAUUUCUAUAAUAUUUUUUUAAUUUAAAUUAAAAAAUUUUGUAAUAUAAUAAUUUUAACAUAGAAGGUUAGUGAAAACAAUGAUGCUUUGCAAAUUCCAAAACAACCCAAAGCCAAGACUAGGACUUAAAGAAGAAUAUGAUGCCUUCGUACAAAGGUUCCAAAUCAAUGAAAUCAAAUUUAACAGUCCCGAGAACAUUGAAGAUUUACCUGCAAAUGCAGAUGAAGAUGGCUCUUUCGAAAAAACUGCAUCAGAAGUUAGCACUGCUAGAAACCAGAUAGACGAAGAAAGCGCGAUUAAAACGAAAACUCCUCGGGCAUUUAUCAAAUCUAAACAGCAUCGUCCUAAAAUGCUGAAUUUCGGAUCAGUUCCAGCCCUUCCGAAAAUCGAAGGUAAAAGAGAUCUACUUAAGGAAAUGAAAAGAAUCGAAAAUAGCUUGAUAAGUGUAAAGAAAAGCGCUUUAGGCAUCAGUAAGGCUGAAGAAGAAACCUGCAUAAGCGAUGAUAGCUUUUCUCCAGGGAAUGAAGAACAAAAGCUUCCGUUAAUUUCGCCUAAAAGUGAAGGUCGAAGCUUUUUUCUAUUAAAAAGAUAG